AUGGCAACAGUAUCAUUUGGGGGUGAUAACCAUGCUCUCCAGGUUGGAGCAAACCAUGGCUCAAUUGAGUUCCAUAUGCCGAUAGAGCGACCGGAAACGCCACCUCGCCCGUUAUCAACAGUCCCAUUCCCGCGCGACCCAGAUUUUGUUAGCCGCGAUGCUCUCCUUGAUCAGAUCCGUGAGAAAAGCUCAGUUCCGGCAUCGAGAAUAGCGCUGAUUGGUCUCGGCGGUGCUGGGAAAUCGCAACUUGCAAUCGAAUACUCCUAUCAAGUCCGAUCAAAUUCGCCGGCAACAUGGGUCUUCUGGGUGCAUGCGAGCAACGAAGCCCGGUUCGAGCAAAGUUUCCGGGACAUUGCGGACCAGGUCAAAAUCUCAGGUCGCCAGAAUCCCAAAAAUAACAUCUUCAAACUGGUCGAGAACUGGCUCCGAGAUGAGAAGAUAGGGAAAUGGGUUUGCAUCCUUGAUAACGUCGACGACGAGAAGUUCCUUUGUUCGAUUCCAGUAGCAGGCAAGAGAGAAGACCUGACGAAGUCCUCGGCCAAACCACUAUUAGAAUACGUUCCAAGAAGUCAAAAUGGGUCUAUUAUCAUCACAAGCCGGGUGAGAGAAGUUGCGUUAAAGAUGGUCACUCAUAAGGACCUGAUUAGGGUUCAACCUAUGGAAAGGUCUGAAGCGCUAAAUCUUCUCCAAAGAAAGCUUGAUAACCCGGAAGAAAGCCAAGACUGCCAAAGCCAAGAUAGUCAAAGCCAAGAAAAUCGACAAUUAGUGGACGCACUAGAGUAUAUGCCUCUAGCGAUCGUACAGGCAGCUUGUUUUAUUCGGAAUCGGGCGCCUCGCUAUUCAGUGUCACAAUAUCUAAGAGAUUUCCGAGGGAGUGAUCGUGAAGCAAUAAAGCUUCUAAAAAAAGAGGCAACUUAUCUCCACCGGGACUGGGAAGCAAAGAAUUCAAUUCUGGUGACAUGGCAAAUGUCCUUCGACGCUAUACGCCAAACACGGGCAUCUGCAGCAGAGCUACUUUCUUUUAUGAGUUUUUUUGAUCGGCAAGGGAUACCAGAAGAUCUUAUCCGGCAUCAAUCCCAGGCUGACUACCUUUCGAACAACUCAAGUGAGGGAGAGACGUCUGAUUCUGAUACGGAACCCGAUUUUGAGGAUGAUAUCAUGAUACUAAAGAAUUAUUCAUUUAUAUCUUCUAGUAAGGGUAAUACUUUCUUUACGAUGCAUCGGCUAGUGCAGCUAACUACACACGCGUGGUUGAAAUCUCAUGGACAACGAGACCAAUGGAGAGAUAAAUUCAUUAGCACCCUUUAUGAAGAGUUUCCGACUGGUGAAUAUGAGAACUGGGAGAGAUGUAGGGAAUUAUUUCCCCAUAUGAAAUCCGCAAUAUUCCAGCGGCCAGCAUCAACUAUCUAUCAACAAAAAUGGGCUACGUUGCUUUACAGAGGUGCAUGGUAUACAUCAGAAAUCGGUAAUAUUACGGAUGCAAGAGAAAUGGCAUUGAAAUCAAGAGAUGAAAGAGUGAGAUUAUUUAACAAGGAGAAUAAAGAUGUCCUUGCUAGUAUAAGUAUGCUAGCAAUAGCAUUCAGACUCGAGGGUCAGUGGGAGAAGGCCGAGGAGCUCGAGGAGCAGGUGUUAAAGACUCGCAGGACAAAUCUCGGCACGGAUCAUCCCGACACGCUGGCGAGUAUGGCCAAUCUGGCGUCGAUAUACAGGAACCAGGGCCGAUGGAAAGAGGCCGAGCAGCUCAACAUGCAGGUGUUAGAGACUUGCAGGACAAAGCUCGGCACGGAUCAUCCCGACACACUAACGAGUAUGGCCAAUCUGGCGUCAACAUACAGGAAUCAGGGCCGAUGGGAGGAGGCCGAGCAGCUCGAGGUGCAGGUGUUAGAGACUUGCAGGACAAAGCUCGGCACGGAUCAUCCCGACACACUGAUAAGUAUGGCCAAUUUGGCGUCGACAUACAGAAAUCAGGGCCGAUGGGAGGAGGCCGAGCAGCUCGAGGUGCAGGUGUUAGAGACUUGCAGGACGAAGCUCGGCACAGAUCAUACCGACACACUGGCGAGUAUGGCCAAUCUGGCGUCGACAUACAGGAACCAGGGCCGAUGGGAUGAGGCCGAACAGCUCGAAGUACAGGUGUUAGAGACUCGUAAGACGAAGCUCGGCACAGAUCAUCCCGAAACACUGACAAGUAUGGCUAAUCUGGCGUCGACAUACUGGAACCAGGGCCGAUUGGAGAAGGCCGAGCAGCUCGAGGUGCAGGUGUUAGAGACUCGCAGGGCGAAGCUCGGCGUGGAUCAUCCCGACACACUGACAAGUAUGGCUAAUCUGGCGUCGACAUACUGGAACCAGGGCCGAUUGGAGAAGGCCGAACAGCUCGACGUGCAGGUGUUAGAGACUCGUAAGACGAAGCUCGGCGCAGAUCAUCCCGACACACUGAUUAGCAUGGCCAAUCUCGCUUUUACCUGGAAAACUUCAGGUCGCAUUGCCGAAGCCAUUAUUUUGCUGAGAAACUGCGUAGCCAAGCAGAAACAAAUACUUGGUUCGAACCAUCCACAGACUUUAUCUAGUUCUGAGACACUGCUUGAGUGGGAAAUGAAGACCUCAAUUUUGAAUCCCAAACAAGCUGAAUAG